AUGUGGGACCCGGACUUCAUUGUAAUUGGUGGCGGCAUAGGAGGUUUGGUGAUUGCGAACCGUCUCAGCGAGCACGCAGACAAGAAGGUACUGUUAAUCGAAGCCGGCGCAGAUCGCCGCGGAGACCCGAAAAUCGACACUAUUGGCAUGCUGUCGACCCUUUAUGGGGACCGUGAUUAUGAUUGGGAUUUCAUGACAGAGCCUCAGACACAUGUUGGUGGAAGACAAAUCCCGCAGCCUCGAGGAAAGGUGCUUGGAGGCUCUAGCGCCAUCAACUUCGGUGCUAAUGUGUAUCCGUCUAAGGCCAAUUUUGAAGCGUGGAGAGCCCUCGGCAAUGAAGGGUGGGACGCUGCUGGGCUUGCGCCGUAUCUCCGCAAGUACAGUCGCUUCACGCCUCCCAGUGUCGAAACAAGAGACUUGCUCAAUAUUGACUACGUCAACGAGGAGUUGCAUGGCAAGGAAGGUCCUGUUCCAGUGACUAUUCCGGAUGUCUAUGGCCCAUUCCAAGCUUUGUGGACCAAAACACUCGAUCAGCUCAGCUGGUGUAACAACGACGAUCCGAUAGAAGGCAAAAAAUUAGGAAAUUUUGCGUGUGGUCUCACGCUUGACCCUGUCACCAAAACCCGUGGUUACGCAGCGUCGGCAUAUUAUACUCCGGAGGUUGCGCAAAGACCAAAUCUUCAGGUCUUGACAGAGACAUCCGUGGAGAAGAUCCUUACAAAGGCAGUUAAUGGCACUGUUACAGCAACUGGUGUCAGAGUAUGUACGAAAGACGGUACACACCAAGACCUGUUAGCGAAGAAGGAGGUCAUUCUUUCUGCGGGGGUUUUUAAUUCACCGCAGAUCCUUGAGCUGUCAGGUAUAGGUCAAAAGGAUCUCCUCGAGAGCUAUGGCAUACCUGUGGUUCUCGAUAGCCCCGGAGUUGGUGAAAAUCUCCAAGAUCAUGCCAUCUCAGCUCCUUGCUUUGAGAUCGCUGAUGACCAGAUGUCAGGGGAUGUCAUGCGGGACCCGAACAUUGUGCAGGCUGUGCUUGAGCAGUACUUGAGCACGAAAACUGGUCCGCUGGUUGGAAUCCCGAUCUGCAUGACUAUGCUCCCGCUUGUUGAUUCCAAUGGCCGUGUUGGUCGUGAUCAGAUCGCAGACCUAAUCAAGGAGCAUACCGAUGAGCCGAAACUGUCUCUCGGACAGCAGAAGCAAAACGAGUUGCUUCGAGAUCAGCUACUGAACCCUACAGAAGCUGCAGGGUACCUAAUGAUGCUGCCGCUCCAGUUGAACGUCUCUUCUGGGCGGACGGAGAUGAAGAAUUUGCUGGCACCGACAAAUCCAAAGAACUACAUUACGAUCAUGGCGGUCAACAACCAUCCCUUCUCCCGCGGUACAUGUCAUAUUCGAUCUGAUGAUCCAAGAGAUAAACCAAUUCUGGACCCGCGAUAUCUGUCGCAUCCGCUAGACCUAGAGAUCUUAGCGCGCCAGACGCAGUAUAUCGAGACAAUCGUCAGAACUGAGCCCUUUGCGUCCCUCCUAAAGGCAGGCGGGCGGAUGCCUGAGGGCAAGCAAGCUACAAGCCUGGAUGCAGCAAAGGAGAUCGUCAAGGAACGGCUGUUGAGCACAUUCCAUCCUGUGGGUACAUGCGCUAUGAUGCCGAAGGAGCUCGGAGGUGUGGUGGACAGCAGAUUGAAGGUAUAUGGAACAAAGAACCUGCGAGUUGUUGACGCAUCUGUUUUUCCUCUAGAGACACUGGGGAACAUCCAGGCUACGGUGUAUGCUGUGGCAGAGAAGGCGGCAGAUCUUAUAAAAGAAGAUUGGGCACAGCUCAAGUAGAGCGAAGGGCUGUUCAAAUCUGAAGUCAAGAACCAUAAUCGGGUCACACCGCCCAAAAUCGCUCCCGAACAGUCGUAUCGAACGCAACGAAGACCACAUUGAGCGUCCAACACAUCAUGGUUGCAUUGAAAAGAACACUUCAAAGUUUGAUAUGUUGUUGCGACUGCUUUUCGAGUGGAGGCGGCGGUGUAAUCGGAAUACUACGUCCUGUGACGACCAAAUUGCCACACUGGGUUCUCCGCAAUGGUAUCCACGUCAGUGCCGCGUUGGUGUUGGGCUGGCGCUGCAACGCGGUUGUGACGUUGCCAGCUUGGGGUGGUUAUAGCACUCGUACCGGCGUUAGGCGCGACUUGAAUGCUUUGCGUGAUCAUCUUUCUCGAUCAAGUAAAGAUGGCCCUUCGAGCGGAGGUUCAGAUAACGUUGUGCUGUGAUGUGG